AUGGCAACCCCGACAGACAUCACCCUCUACACGGCCCAGACGCCCAACGGCAUCAAGACGUCCAUCUUGCUCGCCGAGCUCGGUCUCGAAUACAAGUUGCAUGCCAUCCAGAUGAUGCAGAACGAGCAGAAGGAGCCCUGGUUCCUCGAAAUCAACCCCAACGGUCGCAUCCCCGCCCUCACCGACACCUUCAACGGCAAGCCGAUCCGCGUCUUCGAGAGCGGCGCCAUUCUCGAGUACCUCGUCGACCGCUACGACAAGGACCACAAGCUGUCCUAUCCCCGUGAUGCAGCCGAGCACUGGGAGGUGACGAGCUGGCUGAUGUGGCAGAUGGGCGGGCUCGGCCCCAUGCAAGGCCAGGCCAACCACUUCAAGCGCUACGCGCCUGAGAAGAUUCAGUACGGCAUUGACCGAUACGUCAACGAGACCCGUCGCCUCUACCGCACCUUGGACACCCAUCUGUCCAAGGCGCCCCACGGAUUCCUCGUCGGCGACCGCUUGACCAUUGCCGACAUCUCCUGCUGGGGCUGGGUCGCCGCCCACGCCUGGGCCGGUGUCAGUCUCGAUGAAUUCACCCACCUCGAAACUUGGCUCCAGAAGCUCUUGAAGCGGCCGGGCUUCGAAAAGGGCCGCAACGUGCCAUCGGCCCACACCGUCUUCGACAAUAACAAGCUGACGGAGGAGGAGUUGGACAAGAAGGCCGUCGAGGCGAGAACUUGGGUCCAGGGCGGCAUGAAGAACGAUGCAGCGGCCAAGUAG